GUCACAUCGAUUACACACUCUGGGCUCAGUAGCAAAAUAGUUUAUAAUCACAUUUCCAAGUUAACUCAGUAUAAUGAUAACAAAAGUUCUCGUCCAGAUUGUAAUCCUCUUCUUCAACUACCUCUUGAUUGUAUCCACAGCAUCAAUUCCGACCCAAUGUAAAAUACCACCCAGCUUGCAAGCUCGUUAUAAAAGUCUUCUCAGUGAAGUCAAUAGUAAUGACUUUUUUCUACCCGCCGAAAUGGUUCCAAAUGAAAGUAGUAAAGCACUAUUGACCAACGAAAAUAAAACUCACCCUACAUCUGAUGGUUUAUCCACUGACAUCGGUAACCGCUCAACUUGUCCAUGGUCUCUGAAGAUUAUCCAUAACUCGACGUAUUUUCCGCCAACAUUUACUGAAGUUGUGUGCCGCUGCAAACAGUGUUUAAGCUCUGAUCACAAUCAUUACUGUACUACAAUAUAUAGUAAAAUGGCUAUCCUCCAACGUACAGGUGAAUGCAUUGACGGAAUGUAUGUUUAUAAACCAAGUGUGAUUGAGGUAGCAACGGCCUGUGUUUGUGCACAAAAAGUUAGUGUUAUUUCUGAAGUAAAUCAAUACGCAGAGUAGACGUAAAACAGCUAUAUUUCACACAAUCAGCGUGUAACGCGAAAGUUAUUGAGCAACGAGACCACCAUGUGGUUAUUACAAUGUAUGCACUCACAAAUAUCACACUAUAUGUAUAUGUAUGUCUACAUCUGUCUUUUUUUUUUAACUCCACCACAUCACUCGUGGACGUGGAAUCCAACUCGAGAACGAAUUUGCCACAAGGCUGUUUCAGAUGGCAUUACGCGUGCCAACUCUCAGACAAUUGACAGUCCUGUGUCUCACAUAAGUUCACGGACAUACACCAUGAGUACCUAGAAAUCAAGACUAAAUUUCAUAAUACAAGAUAUUACUUUCUUAACGAUUCGUUACAUGCAGUGUAGUGUGAGAAGACAAAGCCUACACAUAUACUACGCUACAGCAAUUC